AUGUUCAAAGAGUACAGUCUAGACGAGCUACGAAAGGCCACCAAUGGGUUCAGCUCCGAAUGCAUUGUUUCCGAGAGUGGUGAAAAAGCUCCCAAUGUCGUUUACAGAGGAAAACUUGAUAACAAUCGCCUUGUCGCUGUUAAACGCUUCUCCAAGCAGUCUUGGCCCGACGCCCAACAGUUUGUGGUUGAGGCUGUGGGAGUGGGGAAGUUGAGGCACAAGAGAUUAGUGAAUCUGGUUGGUUGCUGUGCUGAGGGAGAUGAACGGCUCUUGGUGGCUGAGUAUAUGCCCAAUGAUACUCUUUCCAAGCAUCUCUUUCAUUGGGACAAGAAGCCAUUGCCAUGGGAAAUGCGUGUUAGAGUUGCAUACUAUAUUGCACAGGCACUGGAUCAUUGUAAUAUCGAGAACCGGAAGAUCUAUCAUGAUUUAAAUGCAUACAGAGUUCUUUUUGAUGAGUCGAGAUGGAAAAGCUACAGUACAAAUUUAGCUUAUACUCCACCUGAGUUUCUACGUACAGGCAGGGUCAUUCCAGAGAGUGUAAUCUACAGUUAUGGAACUGUCCUGUUGGACCUUUUGAGUGGCAAGCAUAUUCCUCCAAGCCAUGCACUGGACUUGAUAAGGGAAAAGAAUGUAUUGUUGUUGAUGGAUUCAUCAUUGGAAGGGCAGUAUGUGAAUGAUGAUGCUACUAAAUUGGUUGAACUUGCUUCCAAAUGUCUUCAGUCUGAGGCUAGGGAUAGAGGAGAUAUUAAGCUUCUUCUUACAGUCGUUGCACCACUUCAAAAGCAGAAGAGAAAUACUGUUGUGGUUCCAACCAUGCUUUCUCCUCUUGGAAAGGCUUGUGCAAGGAUGGAUCUUACUGCUGUGCAUGAUAUUUUGCUAAAAACAGGCUAUAAAGAUGAAGAAGGUGCAGAAAAUGAGCUCUCAUUCCAAGAAUGGACACAACAAGUCCAAGAUAUGUUGAACACGAAGAAAUUUGGGGAUAUUGCAUUUAGGGACAAGGAUUUCAAGAAUGCAAUUGAGUAUUAUUCCAAGUUAGUCGCUAUGAUGUCCGGCCCUUCAGCAACUGUCUUUGCGAGAAGAGCCUUCUCCUACUUGAUGAACGGCCAAGCAGAACUUGCUUUAAGAGAUGCAAUGCAGGCACAGGUGUGUAUACCAGAGUGGCCAACUGCAUUCUACUUGCAAGCUCUGGCACUCUCAAAGCUUGGAAUGGAGACUGAUGCUCGGGACAUGCUUAAUGAUGGAGCAGCCUUUGAAGCAAAGCGGCACAACACAUGGCGUAGCUAA